AUGCAGGAUGCUGCAGUAUGUUUUUAUCGUAAGCUAUAUACUACUGACCCCAUAGAUUAUACCAGCAUCUCUGAACUAUGCAACACCAUCCCUGCCACAGCACAGAUCCCAGUAAACAGCCAGCCCACCUUGGAGACGCCAUUUACCAUCGACGAGAUUAUGACUGGUGCACAGCGGUCACCCAACCAUAGCAGCCCAGGUACGGAUAGCCUACCCUAUGAAAUCCUAGCGGUGCUAUUAUCCCACCAACAAACAGCCCAACUUGCCCAUGCCGUCUUCAAGGAGGCUCUUACCCUCGGUAUCUUUCCCAACAGCUGGCUCACUACUUGCAUGUGCCUGCUCCCUAAAAAGGGCGAUCUCACAGACCUGAGGAAUUUUCGUCCCAUCUCGUUAAUCAACUGCGAUGCCAAAAUCUUCACACGCCUGCUCAACCAACGUCUGAUGCCACAUAUGCAACAACUAAUCAGCCCCCAACAACUUGGAUUCAUGCCGAACCGCUUCAUUGGCGAGCACGGCUUCGCAUUACGGACCACCAAACUCCUAGCUACUACCAACCAUUCAUCCGCCAUUGCUCUUCUUUUGGAUCAAGAAAAAGCAUAUGAUCGUAUUCAUCCCGAAUAUCUUCAACACAUUAUGCUCCAAUUUGGUAUUCCACAAUCUUUCACACACUGUAUCAUCUCACUUUUCUUCUCCACUAACAUCCAAAUCAACAUUAAUGGCCACAUCACCACGGCACCUUUUCCUCAAGAAAGAGGCCUUCAACAAGGUGAUCCACUCAGUCCCCUCCUUUUCAACAUUGCUUUUGACCCUUUCCUCUGCUCCACUCAACAGAACCCUACUUUUGAGGGUUUCCAUGUACAACAAAAAGCCCCAUCACAUCCAUCACCUACUGUUGACAUAGACGAUCUAACCAAAAGCCUCACCAACGCAUCCUCUCCGCCAGCCUCCCCUUGCAACACUCCUUCAGUCUCUCCCACCCAUUGCAAUCCAAUUAAGUACAAAAUUCUAGCCUAUGCAGAUGACACAUUAGUCUAUUUGAAGAACUUUUUGGAUUUUCUUCUUCUGCAGGACUCUAUCUAUACAUACAUGAGAGCAUCGAAUGCACUACUAAAUUACAGGAAAACUAUAGCCAUUUCGCUCUCUGGACACCCACAACCAGAUUGGCGCGAGUUUCUUGCUACACACCAAAUCCACCAAAUGCAUGACCGCACCUCUACUGAUCCAGUAACAUAUCUUAGUCUUCUUCUCCCCUCAUCAUGA